AUGAACCAAAGCGAAGAACUAAAGGGAAGGGCCAAGUCUGCAAGCGAGUUAAGGGAGGAAGAUGUUUUAGCUACGACGCAGAUCGGUAUGACGGCGACGCGCAGCAAACUUGAAAAGCUCAUGAGCAGCUUCACGACGUUCGACGACGUCAUGCGCAUUGGAACGCGGCAACGUCGCGAGAAAGAUGAGUACCGCUUAGCGGAAAUGCGGCAGGAAAUGAAUCGCCUAGAGAAUAAACUCGAGGCGGAGAUCAAGAAGCGGAUUGAGAUGAACAAGUCGCUGCAGAAUUACUGUGACGAGCAGGUGGUUCAAAUGACUGCGUCCUUUGAGAAAUUGCUAAGCGAUCGCGCAAAACAAGUCGAUGAUCGACUCGACAUUCUCACUCAUGAAAUAGAAAACCUUCAGGCACUUGUAGCCAAAGAAAAACACGAUAUCCCGCUUAUGAUCGAAAACAAGACCAAUGAGCUGACGCAGAAGCUUAUCGCGUUCAUGGAUUCGUUCGAGGAUGAACGCCAGCGGCGCACAAACCAGGAAGCAAUGAUUCUGAAGCGCUUGAGUGAUCACGAGCAUGCAACUGCUGAAAGUUUCGAGCGUGAGCGGCGUGAUCGUGAAUUGAAGUAUUCCGAUCUGAAGAACGCGCUGGACACGUACAGCUCUACUCGGAUACGCGGUGACGAAAAGUUCCACGCGUUCGCACAGGAAGAGAUCGCAAAAAUUCAAAAUGCGCUGGUCGCUGAAGCACAGGCUCGAGAGCGCGAAGACGAUGAAAUCGUGGAAGCUCUCAAUCGCUACACCGCCAAGCUGCAAGACAGUCUCAAGGUGAUUACGAGUCCAGACGCGUAA